AUGGCUUGGGGGGCUCUGCUUCUGCUGCUGCCUGGCCUGCUGCUGCUCCUGGCACAGAAGCCAGCAGCACAGCACAAACUGGAGGGCGAGGCCAUCUACGUGAUCUGCCCUUACUCGGCUGACCAGCACGGGAAGGAGAAAGUCUGGUGUAGGCAAGCAGGGCCGAACACCUGCCUCAUAUUGGCCACUUCCCAGGGCUGGGUGGGGAGCUCCCAGUGUUACCUGUGGGAUGAUCCAGGCUCUGCCCAGUUCACCGUGAUGAUGACCGAGCUCAAGGCGGAGGACUCGGGAUUCUACUUUUGUGGCUUCUUUGAGUAUUCCAAGGUCGUCGUCCUCGGAACCAUCCAGCUCGAGGUGUCGGCAGCUCCAGCUCCACAUACCCCCAGGAGCAACGGGACGUCAACGGACCCUGUCAUUGCCAGGUACUGCCGCCCCUCCCCCAUCCUCUGA